AUGAUACUUUUGAAAGCCGUGUGGCUGCUGCUGGCCAUCGGUGCCGUAGCCAAGAAGGCCGAUGGCCCUACGAUUGAGAAACGCAAGUUCGACCAGCCUCCCUCUGGUCUCUUCUUCUUCGACGACACCGAAACCGCCAUCGUCACCGAACUAGAGUCGGGCAAGGUCUGGCGCACCACCGACGCUGGCCAGGAAUGGGAGGAGAUCGAGGCCCUCAAGAAGGGCCAGGUCAAGGCCGUCUACCACCAUCCAUUCAACAAGAAGGUUGCCAUCGCCUUUGGCAAAGAGCAACACUACAUCACCUACGACUAUGGCGAGACUUGGAGGAAGUUCAAGAUGAGCGUGUCUCCGAACCGCUACUCACCCAUCAGCUGGCAUGCAGACGACCCGAACAGGAUACUCAUCAACGGCGAUGACCGUUGCGACAUGUGGGGUACUUGUGUUGGGACGACCUACUACACGACCGAUGGCUUCGAACACGUCAAGACACUCGUCGACAAGAGGAAGACCUGUAUGUGGGCUCGGAACACCGACCACUUUACCUCCGGUGACGAGAGCGUCGACAAGGACCGUAUACUUUGCGUUGUCGAGGGCAAAUUCUCCAGCAAGAGAAAGGACUACCGAUUGGUCUUAACGGAUGAUUUCGGCGAAACUCUCAGGGAGCCUCCAAUGUCCAGUGGCCGCACUGUGGCUGGUAUGGCGCAUUUGGCUUCCGCAAAGGGCUACAUAGUCGCGGCCGCGAAGGCUGAGGGAACCGACGAGAUGGCACUCUAUGUGACGCAUGACACCUACACCUGGCACAGGGCCGAGUUUGGCAAGCACAAACUGGAGGAGGAUGCUUACACCAUCCUGGAGUCAACCAACUACAGCAUCCAGGUCGAUGUCAUGUCCUCGAAGCUGCUUCCUAUGGGAAACCUGUUCACGAGCAAUUCGAACGGAACCUACUUCACCAAGAACAUCGCUCACACCAAACGCGAUAGCUAUGGCUACGUUGACUUUGAAAAGGUCACCAACAUCCAAGGCGUCAUCAUUGUCAACACGAUCAAGAACUGGAAAGAGAUUGAGGACGACUGGUUUAUGGACCCCGAAGUCGUCUCACAGAUCAGUUUCGAUGAUGGGCGGACCUUCCAGAAGAUGAAGUCGAAGGACGGCAAGGACUUGCAUCUUCACUCUUACACGGAACAAAGAAACAGCGGCAAAGUCUUCUCGAGCCCUGCACCCGGCCUUGUUAUGGGUAUCGGUAACCUCGGCGAUCACCUGAAAUCUUAUAGCGACGGAAACCUUUGGGUGUCGGACGAUGCGGGCCUUACGUGGAUCAAGGGUCUGGACGAAGCACACUUGUAUGAAUUCGGCGAUAAAGGCUCCAUCCUGGUGGCCAUCUAUGAUGAAGGAGCAACCAACAAGCUCCGGUACUCAUUGGACCACGGCCGCAAGUGGGAAACGGUUGAGCUUGAUCAGAAGAUCAUUGCCGAAGAGCUCACCACCAUUCCGGAUUCAACAAGUCUCAAAUUUGUCUUGGUGGCGUCAAAGGGUGAUGGCCAAAAGAAGGAGUGGUUUAUCUACUCGUUCGAUUUCGAGGGACUUCACGAACGGAAGUGCGAAGAGAAAGACUUUGAACUCUGGCAUGCUCGUGUAGACAAGGACGGUAAACCAAGCUGCAUCAUGGGCAGAACCCAAUCUUUCCGUAGGCGCAAGGCCGACGCCGAGUGCUUCAUCAAGGACGAGUUUGUCGACCCUGAGCCAAAAUGGGAGGUUUGCAAAUGCACUAAAGAGGACUAUGAAUGCGACUUCAACUUUGUCAGGGAUGACAAAGGCGAGUGCGUACCUUCUAGUCAUCUGAAAGCACCCAAGGGAGAAUGCAAGAACCCAGAUGACAAAUUCAAAGGAAGCUCCGGUUGGCGCCUCAUUCCUGGCAAUAUGUGCGAAAAGGAGGGCGGUGAGGUCAAGGACGAGCCUGUUGAGAGGCCAUGCGGAGAGACGAAAAAGCCAGAGACAAGUGGAAAGAUUGUGAAGGAAAUCACAACUUUCAAAGCCGACAGAUUCCUGGAGUGGUACUACCUCGAAAGGACUGAAUCAGCGUCCGAGUCAGAGGAUGACGAGACAGUCAUCGUCCUGGAUGAUUCUCAUACGGCUCAUAUCAGCCACGACCAUGGAAAGACCUGGGCGCAUGCUGUCGAUGAUUUCGUUCUCACCAUCUAUCCUCACCAAUACUUCAACGACUAUGUUUACCUCCUCACUGGCGAAGGCAGGAUUUACUACUCGAAGAACCGUGGGCUUCACAAGAGCUUCAGCGAGAUUAAGGCUCCGUCUCCUCCUAACACUGAAGAAUUACCCAUCAUGGGUUUCCAUCCGCACGAAAAGGACUGGAUUCUGUGGACGGGUAAAGGAGACUGCUCCGGUCCCAGUUGUCACUCUGUUGCCUAUGUCUCCACAAAGAAUGGCAUGGGUGGAAGCUGGACCCCCAUGCUCCCCUUCGUGCAGAAGUGCCAGUUCGUGUGGAGGGAGGAUCGCGUAGGAAGCGAGCAGCUUGUGUUCUGUGAGCAAUUUGCGAACGAGGAUACGACGAACCCGCUGCAGCUUCUUUCCAGCAAUGACUGGUUCGAGACCAAGAAUGUCAACUUCAAGGAUGUUGCCAAUUUUGCGACCAUGGCCGAGUUCAUCGUCGUUGCAAAGAGGACGGAAGAUCGCAAGUGGCUCAAGAUUGAUGCCAGCAUUGAUGGAAAGACCUUCGCCGCUGCUGAGUUCCCUCCAAAGUUCAACCUUGAACAUCGUCAAGCGUACACCGUGUUGGACAGCUCCACACAUUCCAUCUUCCUACACGUCACAAUGAGCAACGAGCAAGACCGGGAAUAUGGUACCAUUCUAAAGAGCAACAGCAAUGGCACGGACUACGUCCUUAGCAUCGCCGAGGUCAACCGCAACCGGUUUGGUUAUGUUGAUUUUGAGAAGAUGCAGGGCUUGGAAGGCGUUGCUCUCAUCAACAUUGUAUCCAACACCAAGGAGCUGGAAAAGGGUGCACCCAAGAAGUUGAAGUCCAUGAUUACUCACAACGAUGGAGCCGAUUGGGAUUUCCUCAGAGUUCCGAAAAAGGACUCGGAUGGAAACCCGUACAAGUGCGACGUUAACGAUGUUGAGAAAUGCUCCCUGCAUCUUCAUGGUUUCACUGAGCGCGCGGACCCUAGAGACACCUUUUCAUCUCCAUCUGCUGUCGGCCUUAUGAUGGGCGUGGGCAACGUUGGCGAUUCCCUUGGUCGUUACAGGGAAGGCAACACGUUCAUAACCAGAGACGGCGGUGUCAACUGGCACGAGGUCAUGAAGGGCUCUUUCAUGUGGGAGUACGGCGACCAGGGCUCCGUCAUUGUCAUUGUCAAGGACAGAGAUCCGACUACUGUGAUCUACUACUCACUCGACGAGGGUGACACAUGGAAGGAGUACGAAUUCAGCCCUGGUAAGGAGAUUAUCGUCAAGUCCAUCACUACAGUUCCGAGCGACACCUCCAAGAAGUUCCUCUUGUGGGGCCAAAUGACGGGCGGGUCGAUGAAAGCAGUCACUGUCCAUCUUGACUUCACGGGGCUGUUUGAACGCACUUGCGACCUUGACGAGGAGAAGCCAACGGCAGGCGACUAUGACUUGUGGUCGCCCAGCCACCCUCACCAGGAAGACGGCUGCCUCUUUGGUCACGUGGCCAUGUAUCACCGGAAGAAGCAAGGCGCGGAAUGCUGGAACGGUCGCAGCAUCCAGAAGUUCCAUACCAUUGAAAGGAACUGCACUUGCACCAGGCAAGACUAUGAAUGUGACUACAACUACGAGCGUGGAACCGACGGUUCCUGUAACCUGGUUGAAGGCCUUUCUCCUCCUGACCCGGCUGCAGUGUGCAAGAACCCCGACGUGAUAGAGUACAAGGAUGUGACAGGCUACCGACGCAUUCCCAUUACGACCUGCGAGGGCGGCAAAGAGUUUGAUCUGACAGCGGGCACACUCCCCUGCCCCGGCAAAGAAGAAGAAUACCAAAAGAAGCACGGCAUCAGCGGCGUGGGGCUCUUCUUUGCCAUCACGCUGCCCUUCGCUGCCGCGGCAGGCAUCGGCUGGUGGAUCUGGCGCAACUGGGACGGCAAAUUCGGACGCAUCCGGCUGGGCGACGCGACGCCGACAUUCGACAGCGACAGCCGGUGGGUCGCAUGGCCCGUGGCGGCGCUGUCGGGACUGGUGGCCGUGCUGUCGGCUGUGCCGCUGCUGGUAGGCAGCCUGUGGCGCAGCGUCAGCGGCCGCUUCUUUGGCGGCGACGACGCUGCCUACGGCGGCUACCGCGGGCGCACGUUUACCUCGCGCAGCUCGUUUGCGCGCGGCGAUUACGCUGUCGUGGAUCCGGAUGAGGGAGAGUUGCUGGGUGAGGAUAGCGAUGAGGAGGUUUGA